AUGCCUGAUGAGAAUUUCUAUGGUGAUCCCAUAAAAGAUGCUGAAAAAAAAUUUACAGUUGAAGUACAUAAUUAUGUAAUGGAUACAGUAAUUGAAAGUAUGACAUCAAGGUUUUCUAAUAAUAGUGAAUUGUUGACAGACUUGGCCCUUUUGUCACCUAUACAAUUUUUAGCAUACAAGAAAAAAUUACCACAUCAAGCUUUUAAAACUUUGUAA